AUGUGUUUUAGCGCUUCAGGAGAUGUUGAUUGUAUCUGUACUGUGAGUCCUCAGGGCUUUCUGCUGUCAGUCGGAGCGUGUGAAUGUCGCCAGUCUCUGCUGCUGCCAGCUUCCAGUGCUUUGUACUGCUGCAGAUAUGGAUUGAAGUUGGAUGAGCGACAGAAACAGGCGAAGGAGAGGCGGGAGGAGAGGACAAAAUAUCUCGAACAGCGUAGCCAGACUCAAGCUGCUAAAAAGUCUCAGUGGCUGGAGAAGGAGGAACGGGCACGGCAGGUGCGGGAACAGCAGCUGGAGGAGCGGAGGAGGAAGCUGGAGGAGCAGCGGCUGAAAGCAGAGAGGCGCCGCACAGAGCUGGAGGAGAGACAGAAACAGAAACUUGAGAAGAACAAGGAGCGGUAUGAGGCGGCCAUCCAGAGGUCUGGUAAGAAGACAUGGGCAGAGAUUCGGCAGCAGAGAUGGUCCUGGGCCGGAGGCUUGAGUGGCAACUCCAGCCAAAGCCAGAGCAGAUGCUCAAUAUCAGCGGUCAACCUGCCCAAACAUGUGGAUUCAGUCAUAAACAAGCGGCUCUCCAAAUCUUCUGCCACUCUCUGGAUGUCCCCUAGCAGAACUCGUAGCAUGCAGCUGAGUCCCUGGGAGAGCAGCAUCGUGGACAGGCUGAUGACGCCCACUCUCUCCUUCUUGGCUCGUAGUCGCAGUGCUGCCAGUGUGCUGAACAACUCCAGAGAUGCCCAGUCUCUGUUGUGUCCGCGCUCAGCAUCUGCCAGCCCUUUUUCAGCGUGUGCUCAUCGGCCACAUCAUCGCUGCUCUGAGCGCUGGAGGGUCACCACCAGCACGCCCGAUAUCGCCCAGCGGAGACGAGACUCCACUCCUAUGAGGAAGGAUAAGAAAGAAAAGGAGAGAGAAAAUGAAAAGGAGAAGAGUACUAUCACCAAAGAGAAGGUGCUGAAGAAGAGACAGUCCAUGCCUUCAAUGAAAACCAGGAUAGAGUCCAGUCCGAGUCCAGUGUCCAAAUUGAGAACUGCGUCUCCUGUGACGCCUAAAGGCCGUGCAUCCUCCCCCAGUCCUGCAGUAUCUCCCAAACCUCCCUCAGCUCGAGUGAGUCCAAGCACUCCUAAAGCCAGACCCAAGAGGGCCAGGACCCCUGCCUGCGUGGAGACCCGCACUGCCUCGCCUGUCACCAUAGAGAGGGUCAAAGAGACCCACAGGCCUGCAACGCCUGAAGAACCAAAGACCUCGUCUCCCGUCCCCUCCAUUGUCCUGUCAUCUGUUCUGGACACAUCCCCUGUUGCAAGUGCACCAUUCAUGACAGUUUCUGUGCCCUCUGUCCCCGAGGAGUCCUCUGUUGUCCCUGCUCUCCCACAUGUGGCUUCUCCAGCUCCUUCUCCAGGCAAACCCAUGGCUGGCACCAAUAACCCAGAGGAAGCCACCCGCAUCCUGGCAGAAAAAAGACGACAGGCCCGUGAGCAGAGAGAGAAGGAAGAGCAAGAACGUAGAGAACAGCAGGAGAGAGAAAGGCAUCAGCGCGAGGAGAGGCUAGCACAGGAGGCAGAGGAGAGGAGGCGUAGAGAGGAGGAGGCCAGGCUCAUGGCGGAGCAGGAGAGUUUAAGAGAGGAGGCCCAACACCUGCAGGACGAGAAGGAGGCACAGAAAAGAGCCAAAAUCGAACAAGAGGAGAACGAACGCCUCCAGAAACAGAAAGAGGAGGCUGAAGCAAAGGCUCGAGAGGACGCAGAGAAACAGCGACUGGAGAGAGAGAAACACUUCCAGAAGGAGGAGCAGGAUAGGCUGGAGAGAAAGAAGCGUCUGGAGGAGAUUAUGAAAAGAACACGCAAAACAGAUGCAGGAGACAAGAAAGACACAAAAUCUCCAUCUCAAGUCAAUGGAAAAGCUUCAGAUUCUGAGAUGAAUAAAGCAGCUGCUGACUACCAGCCAAGCACGGCAUUGAAACAAGCUGGUGUGAAUGAAAGUCUAUCUGUUCUUGUGGUGAAUGGUGUUCAGCCUUCCAAACACGAGAAUGGCCUGUCAGCAAAAGGGGAGGCGUCUCACUUCCAAGAGAUCAUUCAGCUGUCCAAUCACAACGGACGGGAGAAAUCCGAGAUUGACAGACCUGACGAGCCAAUCAUGGCCUUUGAGAGCGGAGAAUCAUUCCUUAAGAAAACAGGCCCCAUUAAGCCUCAGCAUGUGGCAGAGGUCCUCUGAGGUCGUAAACUGUUGAAUGAAACCUUAAAUCUGCAAGUCCCUCAACACCGUCUGCCUGAGGGACCUGGUGGAAAGAAGCACAGCAUGCAAGAGACCUGUGCCAAACCCAAAAACUGU